AUGCCUCCCUCAACGACUCUCCUCACCGAGCGCUUCGAGCACUUACUCUCCCGCCGCACAUACCCCAAAACCAUCUGUCCCUCCGAAGUCGCGCGGUCUUUAUCCUCAAACGAGCUCCACAGCCUCGGGGUGCGCGAGUGGCGCGAUCUCAUGCCCCGGCUCCGAGAGAUGGCUUUCGAGCUACGAGAUAGCGGACAUGUCGAGAUCUUACAGCGCGGGGACGUCGUCGACGCAGAUAGAAAGGAAGCGGACGUUAGGGGGCCUAUUAGGAUCAGGCUCAGGCCCCAGGCGGAAACA